AGCCAAACCACGAGGAAGGCACCAGCUGCUUUUACUGUCCUCACUAUAAACAGAAAACCUCCCAACUGAUUGGUCCUACUUUAGCUUCUCUCCUUCCUUGGUCUUUCAUAUAUCUCCGAUGUGAAUAAGGAUCGGGAGAUAUGUGAAUCCGUCUCCAAACAUCUGCCAUCUUCAUUCUUUGUCCUAAACCCUCAAAAACAUCUCCCUCCUCUCCUCUCCUCUCAUGUCUCACAGGACCCUCGAUUCCCGGCACUCCAUUGACUCCUGUGCCUUCCAGCUCCAUUCCUGGAGACCUUUCCAUCUCCAGCCUCUCGACUCUGAUCCUCCUAAGCCUUACUCCACUAAUGCUCUCCACUCCCACUCCCUCACUAAGCGUCCUUGUCUCUCCGAUCGCGCUACUUCAUUUCCUGUUGAUUCAAUUGAUAUCUCUAAGCUAUCGCUUAUCGACGAUGACAAGCCGAUUGGUGUUGGUGCAAGUCCGUAUAAGCGAGGUAGCUUGCGGUUGAUCGCUCGCAAACGCCGGCGACGUGGGUCUCGUUCUGUAUCUGGUCGGAGCUCUGAUCGGAGUGGAACUCGACGAUGUUGCUCUGUUGGGGCGUCUGCUGCUCAUGGGACCUGCUCGGAUUUCCCGUUAGCGGUUGGUACUGACUCUAGCGGCGAGCUUUUUGUGAAUGGGGACGCUAAUUGGGCGUCGGAUGUGAGUGAAGCAAAGAAUUCAUCGAGGAGGGAGAGGGAAAGGGAGAGAGAGGAUAAAGAGAAUUUGGGUGUUGGAGUUGGGUUUGGACAGUUCGGAAAUUUCGAUGCUCAAGGGAACGAAUCUGGUUAUGGGAGCGAACCGGGAUAUAGGGGGGAUGCAGAGUUCGGGUAUGAGGAUGAGCUUGAUGAGGAGGAAGAAGACGCAAGGUUGCUGUUUUGGGGUGACCAAUUUGGAGGAGAUACUAAAAUGGAGAUGGUUGGCGAGAACACAUUCUUGGAUCAAAAGGUGCAUUACAGAUGUCGUCGCAAGAAGCACGAUUGCAGAAUGGUUGAUUCACUAAGAUAACUAUUCAAUACGAUGGUGUCCUUGUCACUCUUGUUUACUUGAAAGUGUCACGAGUGAUUUGAUAAUGAUACAGGUUAUGACCUUUAUGCGGUUGCUUACCUUUUGCUUUCACUUGCCAAUCUUUGUGAGAUUGUUGCAGCUGGUUACCUCUGCGGGGAUUGGAUUUUGCUCUUGGUUUUGAUGAUGUUAUACAUUUUUGAAGACUUCUUGAUGUGCAGUACAUUGAACAACAUUAUUGUUGCUAUUAUUAUCAUCAGAAAAUGUUGUUAAAUGCGUGGACUUUGUUCCUUGACUAACUUCAUGUAUGGAGCUCAACAAUGUCGGUCUUUAGGCUUGCUUAAUA